AUGGAGGGAGAUGUUACGGACAAGCUGGAGGACAUGGCCUCGGUGUGUGAGUUCGACCCCAUCACCGGGAACAUUCCCGCCACCAAAGUGGAAAUCUCCGUCUCCUGCAGAAACCUGUUGGAUCGAGACACGUUCUCCAAAUCCGAUCCAAUGUGUAUCCUGUAUACUCAGGGAGUGGAGUCGAAGCAGUGGCGAGAGUUUGGCAGGACAGAAGUGAUUGACAACACACUGAACCCAGACUUUGUGAGGAAGUACAUUCUGGACUAUUUCUUUGAGGAGAAGCAGAAUCUGCGUUUUGACAUAUAUGACAUUGACUCCAAAAGUCCAGAUCUGGCCAAACAUGUAAGUAUGCGAGUGCGCUAUGAUUUCCUGGGUCAGACCUUCUGCACUCUGGGAGAGAUAGUGGGAUCGCCAGCCAGUCGUCUGGAAAAGCCUCUGGGGGGCAUCCCUGGGAAGAAAUGUGGCACUAUCAUUUUAACAGCAGAGGAGCUGGGAAACUGCAGGGACUGUGUCACUAUGCAAUUCUGUGCCAAUAAGCUGGACAAGAAAGACUUCUUUGGUCGCUCGGACCCUUUCAUGGUGUUCUACAGGAGUAAUGAGGACGGAACGUUUACUAUUUGCCAUAAGACGGAGGUGGUGAAGAACACACUGAACCCUGUGUGGAAACCUUUCAGCAUUCCUGUUAGAGCCCUCUGCAAUGGCGACUAUGACAGGUCAAUUAAGGUGGAAAUAUAUGACUGGGACAGGGACGGAAGUCAUGACUUCAUUGGAGAAUUCACCACAAGCUACAGGGAGCUAUCACGAGGCCAGAGUCAGUUCAAUGUGUAUGAGGUGGUGAAUGCCAAAAAGAAAAUAAAGAAAAGAAGAUACAUCAACUCUGGAACAGUGACAUUGCUUUCAUUCUCCGUGGAGGCGGAACACACUUUCCUUGACUACAUCAAGGCAGGCACUCAGAUCCAUUUCACCGUGGCCAUUGAUUUCACAGCUUCUAACGGAAACCCAUCUCAGUCCACAUCUCUGCACUAUAUGAACCCGUAUCAGAUGAACGCGUACGCCAUGGCGCUGAAGGCUGUUGGGGAGAUCAUUCAAGACUAUGACAGUGAUAAGAUGUUCCCUGCGCUGGGAUUCGGAGCCAAACUGCCCCCCGAUGGCAGGGUGUCCCACGAGUUCCCUCUGAAUGGUAAUAUAGAUAAUCCAUAUUGCAACGGAAUGGAAGGCAUUCUAGAAGCGUACCACCAGAGCCUUAAGACGGUUCAGCUCUAUGGACCAACCAACUUUGCCCCCGUCAUCAAUCAUGUGGCGAGAUAUGCAGCAGCGGUGGAGGACGGAUCUCAGUACUUCGUGCUCCUCAUCAUCACAGACGGAGUCAUAUCAGACAUGGCUCAGACCAAAGAAGCCAUCGUCAAUGCUGCAAAACUACCCAUGUCAAUCAUCAUUGUUGGAGUUGGACAAGCUGAAUUUGAUGCCAUGGUGGAGUUGGAUGGUGAUGACAUCAGAAUAUCCUCAAGAGGAAAGCUGGCAGAAAGAGACAUUGUCCAGUUCGUGCCGUUCAGGGACUACAUGGACCGGACGGGGAACCACGUUCUCAGCAUGGCUCGGCUGGCCAAGGAUGUCCUGGCAGAGAUCCCUGACCAGUUAAUCUCCUACAUGAAAUCCCGAGGCAUCAAACCCAACCAGACUCCACCAGACUGCAGCCCGGAAGCUGGCCUUAGCCCAACCUCCACCAUAUGAGUUUACACAGGCCCGGUCCAGAGUGGAUGAGACAGGCUGUGACCACAGCU